GCCAAGCGGCAACGGCAGCUCAGGACGUCCGAUGCGGGCUCGAGGUGCUCGGGAUCAACGGCAACACCUGGAGGAGGAGCCUGGAGGUCAUCGAGGCCUUUGCCUCUCGGCACGGUGCCCUGCCGCACCUGGUGAUGCUCCAGGAGACCCGCUUGGCUCCGCACCACCUGGAGGCAGCCAGAGGAGCAGCGCGCCGCCUGGGAUAUACAGCCUUCCUCCACGCGGCGGCGCCCACGGACAAGGAAGGCCCGCUGGCGAACUCAGGCGGCGCGGCGGCCCUGGUGCGCAGCGACCUGCAGGCAGCGGAGAUCGCCUGGAUGGUACCGAGCGACCUGAGGCAUCGCAUGAUUGGGGUCACCGUGUCCACCGCGUCAGGCCUGCAGCUCCUGGCGUGCUCGCUGCAUCUGCAGGACGCCCUGGGGCCCGAGGGCAUCAACCUCGACAUCUUCGCCGCCUUCGGCGACGCGGUGCUCUCCGAAGGCACGCUGCACGAGUUGGGCUGGCCCAGAGUGCAGCGCGGCACGUACCUGGGGCCUGCUGAGUGCACAUGCGUUGCCCAAGGUGCUGAGCAUGUGUACGACUGGUUCGUGAGCUCCUUCUGCCUGGCCCAUGGGGUAAGCGAGGCCUCAGCUCUGGAUGGCUGUGGGCUGUAUCCCCACAAGCCCGUGAGGCUGCUGCUGCAGGACGUGAGACCAGACGCCCUGGUGCAAGUGCUGGUUCGACCUGGUCGUUUCCCUGAUGUCGACGCAGCUGCUUGCCGACCUCACGAUGAUGCUGCAGUCCAGGUGCACCGCCGCGUGGGGCGCACUCGCUGGCAAGUGGAGCCCUGCUGCUGGACCUGGGAGGUGGGCCCCCGACCGAGUGACCCUCGCGAGGCCGCUCGGCAGUGGAUCCAAGUCGUCGAGAGCACCUUGGUGGGGGUCCACGGCAUCGAUGACGGCGACCUGCACAGGUACCUGGGGCGGUCCGAAGGGCCCAAGAUUGUCCUCAAGCCCUUCAGCGCCGUGGUCAAGCGCGAGUACCGCCACCGGCACUCGGUCCUCACCCGCGCCAUCCGCCAGGCCCUCGACGUGGCUCUCCAGAGGCUCACAGCGGACAGGACGCAGCGUUGGCAGCCCGCGCACGAAACCUGGUACGAGCGGCAGGUGGUGCGGGUCCUCGCCGAUGUGGAGGCGGCCACCGUCGCAGCUUGCGAGGAAGACGAAGUCGAGGCCCUCGAGUUCGACACUAGCGAGUGGGGCGACCUCGUUAGCCAAGCUGGUCUUCAUGGAGACCCAGAGGCGAUUGCAGUGCUGCAGCGGCGCCUCGCGAGCUCCCAGAAGCGAGAUGGUGGUGGACCCCGAUACUGGCAGACCCUUGGCAUGCUGGCUGUCGGGCAGCUGGAGGCCAACUGGCAGGCCCUCUGGCAGCAGGAGGGCUUCAAGUCAGGAGCUGGAGUUGGCAGCUGGGACGUCCAAG